UUUAUUGUAGUGUUAUACCGUUUUUAAAUUAUUACAAAAUAAUAAAGCGUGGUUUCAGUUUGGUAUCAGUGCAGAAGCCAUAGACGCGUGUCUUGUUAUAUCAAGAUGGCACACAAAUCAGAUAGCGCUGAUCGAGAGUCUUGCAGCUGAUGUGAAAUGUUGUUUAAGCAGCUGUGCUUAGGUUAGGAUGCGGUUCUUGGCCCAUAAGUUUAACUACACCGAAUCGAGCUGUAAAUAAUUUAAAUUUUGUUCAAAUUUUAAACAUCGUUAAUCCGCAGCAGCAGAAAAUGCUCUUUUGCUGCGUUAUUGUGCUUCUGUUGGCAUCGCAUGGGUUAGCGCAGACAUGCGACCAAAUGCGCGAGCAAUGCGAUGCCCUGAGCGAGUGGACAUGGACGACGCAAGGUCAAAAUGAAUUUAACAGCUUACCCUGGCCAGGAACCGACGCAGAUUACGCUCCAUAUCGAGCGCUGGCCGACCGAUACUGCCGUAUGCUAAAUGAAACCGCGCACUGCAAGAAGGAUUUACUAGUCCGUUGCCCCGAUGAUCCAGAUCUUCUGGCGCGCUCCCUGAGCUUCAGUCCGUACUCGAUCGAGUGGUCACUGUCCAUGUUCGCACUUUGCCAGACCGGCAUUAAUCCACUGCGUAUCAUCCGUGCCGAACGACACUGUAAACGACGGACCCGAGAUGUGGAGCUCAAGUUUCACUAUGAUUUUGAGCAGUGGGCUUCCCAGCGCAAUGUCACUAAUGUCAAGGCCGCAGUCUGUCAACGCCUGGACGAUUACGUGAAGCGACUGCAGGGACCAUUGAAUACGACCCUAUCUCUUGCAUGCGGAUCGGACGCGGUGGAAGCUAUGUGCGACGGUUAUAGGGCACGUCACACUGCUUUCUGCUCCAUUUAAAAAAAGUCCUGCUAAUGUCGUGUGGACUCUCAUUCGCAAACAUGUCAUCAUAGAAAAGUCUUUACAGUGCUUAGCGCUGUGGAAUCUUGUUGAGAAUUAGAAUUUUUUACGGUCAUAUUAUUGAGUUGAAAAAAUAAAUUGGGAGAAAUUUAUUAUAUAAAUGGGUCUUAAACCAUUAAAUCUGGUUUCGAAACAAA